UCCUGUAGGAAGCGAUAGUAGCUCUAUUCCAGACGACAUGGGCUCUGAACCAAAGCGGACCUUACCUUUCAGAAAAGGGCCAAAUUUUACGAUGGAAAAAUUCCUCGAUCCAUCGCGCCCGUAUAAAUGUACAGUGUGUAAAGAGUCGUUCACCCAAAAGAACAUUCUCCUGGUCCAUUAUAAUUCAGUUUCUCAUCUGCAUAAGUUGAAAAAGGUUCUGCAGGAAGCCUCCAGUCCUGUUCCUCAAGAGACCAACAGCAGCACAGACAACAAACCCUACAAGUGCAGCAUCUGCAAUGUUGCGUACAGCCAAAGCUCGACCUUGGAAAUCCACAUGAGGUCCGUGCUCCACCAGACCAAGGCGCGGGCUGCCAAGCUGGAGCCCAGUGGCCACGUGGCCGGUGGACACAGCCUGGCAGCCAACAGUAGUCCUGGCCAGGGGAUGCUAGAUUCCAUGAGUUUAGCAACAGUCAGCAGCAAGGAUACCCACUUAGAUGCCAAAGAAUUAAAUAAGAAGCAAAGUCCGGAAUUAAUCUCUGCUCAGCCUCCACAUCACCCACUGCAGUCACCAGCACAAAUCCAGAUGCAACUCCAGCACGAGUUGCAGCAGCAAGCUGCGUUCUUUCAGCCUCAGUUCCUAAACCCAGCCUUUCUGCCUCAUUUCCCCGUGACCCCGGAAGCACUGUUGCAGUUCCAGCAGCCUCAGUUUCUCUUUCCGUUCUACAUCCCCGGGACAGAGUUCAGCUUGGGGCCGGAUCUGGGCUUGCCGGGCUCGGCCACGUUCGGUAUGCCCGGCAUGACGGGAAUGGCUGGAUCCUUGCUUGAAGACCUGAAGCAGCAGAUUCAAACCCAGCAUCACGUCGGCCAGACUCAACUCCAAAUACUACAGCAACAAGCACAACAGUACCAGGCCGCCCAGCCCCCGCUGCAGCCCCAGAAGCAGCCCCAGCAGCAGGCCCAGCAGCAGGCCCAGCAGCAGGCAGCGAGCAAGUUACUGAAACAGGAGCAAACGAACAUGGCCGGUGCUGACUGCCCCAUCCUGAAGGACGCACCAUCUUACAAGGAGGCAGAAGAGAUUGCCGAAAAGCAAGAAAAGCCAAAGCAAGAAUAUACAAGCGAAGGUGAAGGACUCAAAGAAGGCAAAGACACAAAGAAGCAAAAAUCCUUGGAACCCUGCAUCCCACCACCCCGCAUCGCUUCGGGGGCCAGAGGAAACGCAGCCAAGGCUUUACUGGAAAACUUUGGUUUCGAACUGGUCAUUCAGUAUAACGAAAACAGGCAGAAGGUCCAGAAGAAGGGCAAAAGUGGCGAAGGUGAAAACACUGAUAAACUGGACUGCGGAACGUGUGGUAAAUUGUUUUCCAAUGUUCUUAUCCUAAAGAGUCACCAGGAACAUGUCCAUGGGCAGUUCUUUCCAUACGGAGCGCUAGAAAAAUUUGCUCGGCAAUACAGGGAGGCCUAUGACAAGCUCUAUCCGAUUUCGCCAUCUUCACCAGAAACGCCACCUCCGCCACCUCCACCUCCCCCUCUGCCUCCGGCUCCUCCACAGCCUUCCUCCUUGGGUCCUGUAAAGAUCCCAAGCACGGUGUCCACUCCUCUGCAGGCGCCACCACCCACACCCCCGCCGCCACCACCUCCGCCUCCUCCCCCGCCUCCUCCCCCGCCUCCUCCCCCAUCUGCUCCCCCGCAGGUGCAGCUUCCUGUUUCUCUUGACCUUCCGCUCUUCCCUUCCAUUAUGAUGCAGCCCGUGCAGCACCCUGCACUUCCUCCCCAGCUGGCCCUGCAGCUGCCCCAGAUGGACACCCUCUCUGCGGAUCUCACUCAGCUCUGCCAGCAGCAGCUUGGAUUGGAUCCCAACUUCCUGAGGCACUCUCAGUUCAAACGCCCAAGGACAAGAAUCACAGACGACCAGCUAAAAAUCCUGAGGGCUUAUUUUGACAUCAAUAACUCUCCGAGCGAAGAACAGAUCCAGGAAAUGGCAGAGAAGUCGGGCCUCUCCCAGAAAGUCAUCAAGCACUGGUUCCGAAAUACGCUUUUUAAGGAACGGCAGAGGAAUAAGGACUCUCCGUACAACUUCAGUAACCCUCCCAUCACCGUUUUGGAAGACAUCAGAAUCGACCCACAGCCCUCCUCUUUAGAACAUUACAAAUCGGAUGCGUCCUUCAGCAAAAGGUCAUCCAGAACGAGAUUUACUGACUACCAGCUUCGGGUUCUACAAGACUUUUUUGACACAAACGCUUACCCAAAAGAUGAUGAAAUAGAGCAACUCUCCACGGUUCUCAACCUACCCACCCGGGUUAUCGUCGUGUGGUUCCAGAACGCUCGCCAGAAAGCACGGAAGAGCUACGAGAAUCAAGCGGAGACGAAAGAUAACGAAAAAAGAGAACUCACUAACGAGCGGUAUAUCCGCACCAGCAACAUGCAGUACCAGUGUAAAAAGUGCAAUGUGGUUUUCCCCCGGAUCUUUGACUUGAUCACGCAUCAGAAAAAGCAGUGUUACAAGGAUGAAGACGAUGAUGCCCAAGAUGAAAGCCAAACCGAAGACUCCAUGGACGCCACUGACCAAGUAGUGUACAAGCACUGCACGGUGUCUGGUCAGACGGAGGCCACCAAGAGCGCCGCUGCCCCCGCGGCGAGCUCUGGCUCCGGGACCAGCACCCCCCUGAUUCCAUCACCCAAACCAGAACUGGAGAAGACCUCUCCCAAACCCGAAUAUCCCACAGAAAAGCCAAAGCAGAGUGACCCCACUCCCCCUUCCCAAGGCGCCAAACCAGCCCUGCCCUCAGCAUCGACUUCCUCGGACCCACCACAGGCCUCUGCGGCCCCACCGCAGCCCCCACCACCCAAACAGCCCCAACUUGUUGGAAGACCUCCCUCGGCCUCUCAGACCCCGGUCCCUUCCAGCCCACUGCAGAUUUCCAUGACUUCUCUCCAGAACAGUCUACCUCCACAGUUACUACAAUACCAAUGUGAUCAGUGUACCGUUGCCUUCCCGACUCUGGAACUCUGGCAGGAGCACCAGCACAUGCACUUCCUUGCUGCUCAAAACCAAUUCCUUCACUCUCCGUUCUUGGAAAGGCCCAUGGAUAUGCCCUACAUGAUAUUCGACCCCAACAACCCACUGAUGACCGGACAGCUGCUGAGUGGGUCUCUCACGCAAAUGCCGCCUCAGACCAGCUCCUCGCACACCACGACGCCCACGACGGUCGCCGCUUCCCUGAAGAGGAAACUGGACGACAAGGAAGACAACGUGUGCAGUGAAAAGGAGGGGGGGAACAGUGGCGAAGACCAGCACCGCGACAAACGCCUGAGAACCACCAUCACCCCGGAACAACUGGAGAUACUCUACGAGAAAUACUUGCUGGAUUCCAAUCCCACCCGGAAAAUGCUCGAUCACAUCGCACGGGAAGUGGGGCUGAAGAAAAGAGUCGUGCAGGUCUGGUUCCAGAACACACGAGCUCGAGAAAGGAAAGGCCAGUUCCGGGCGGUGGGCCCGGCCCAGUCUCAUAAACGGUGUCCUUUUUGCCGAGCCCUGUUCAAGGCCAAGUCGGCCUUGGAAAGCCACAUUCGCUCUCGGCACUGGAAUGAAGGAAAGCAGGCAGGUUACAGCUUGCCGCCGAGCCCUUUGAUAUCAACAGAAGAUGGGGGAGAGAGCCCUCAGAAAUACAUUUAUUUUGAUUAUCCGUCUUUGCCAUUAACUAAAAUUGAUCUAUCAAGUGAGAAUGAAUUGGCUUCUACAGUGUCAACACCUGUUAGUAAAACAGCAGAGCUCUCGCCGAAGAAUCUCUUAAGCCCUUCUUCUUUUAAAGCAGAAUGUGCCGAGGAUGUAGAGAAUUUAAACGCCCCUCCUGCCGAGGCGGGAUACGAUCAAAAUAAGACGGAUUUUGAUGAGACUUCGUCAAUUAAUACGGCCAUCAGUGAUGCCACGACCGGCGAUGAGGGCAAUGCGGAGAUGGAAAGCACCACGGGAAGUUCUGGAGAUGUGAAGCCUGCUUUAUCUCCUAAAGAGCCCAAAACUCUCGACGCUUUGCCAAAACCCGCAACCACACCCACCACGGAGGUUUGCGAUGAAAAAUUUCUCUUCUCUCUCACGAGCCCCUCCAUACAUUUCAAUGAUAAAGACGGUGAUCACGACCAAAGCUUUUAUAUCACCGACGACCCCGAUGACAAUGCUGACCGCAGUGAAUCAUCCAGCAUCGCUGACCCCAGUUCACCAAAUCCCUUUGGAUCCAGCAAUCCUUUUAAAUCCAAAAGCAACGAUCGACCGGGUCACAAGCGGUUCAGAACCCAGAUGAGCAACCUUCAGCUCAAGGUUCUCAAGGCUUGCUUCAGUGACUACCGAACUCCAACCAUGCAAGAAUGUGAGAUGCUAGGCAAUGAGAUCGGUCUGCCCAAACGUGUGGUCCAGGUGUGGUUCCAAAAUGCAAGGGCAAAGGAAAAGAAAUUUAAAAUUAACAUAGGGAAGCCUUUCAUGAUUAAUCAAAGUGGAACAGAAGGCACCAAGCCAGAGUGUACCCUCUGCGGGGUGAAGUACUCUGCCCGCCUGUCCAUCAGAGAUCAUAUUUUCUCCAAACAGCACAUUUCAAAAGUGAGGGAGACUGUUGGGAGCCAGCUUGAUCGGGAGAAAGAUUACUUGGCUCCAACCACCGUUCGACAGCUGAUGGCACAGCAAGAACUUGACCGUAUAAAGAAAGCUUCGGAUGUGCUGGGCUUAGCAGUAACACAGCCAAGCAUGAUGGACAGCGGUUCCCUCCAUGGCAUCAGUCUGCCAGCAGCCUAUCCAGGACUCCCCGGCCUCCCUCCGGUUCUACUCCCUGGAAUGAACGGUCCAUCCUCCUUGCCUGGAUUUCCACAAAAUUCAAACACUUUAACACCUCCCGGUGCAGGCAUGCUUGGGUUUCCUACUUCAGCUACUUCGUCUCCUGCCCUGUCUCUCAGCAGUGCCCCCACCAAACCUUUGCUGCAGACUCCGCCACCUCCACCACCUCCUCCUCCUCCUC